CCCGCGAGCUGACCCCCAGGUCUGGGCUCCGGGACCCCAGAGGGCGCGGCGGGCCGGGGUUUCAAGCUGCCGGGCCACCCGCGCCGGGUCCCGCCGCCUCUCCUCCAUCCCGCUCCUCGGACGGCCGCGCCAGGCUCUCGGGCUCGACGGCCCUCGCGCCUGCUCCGCGGGCACAGACCUCCCUCCACCAGGGGAAGCCGCCGGCAGCCAGGCCCCCGCCCCGCGGCCUCCUCCUCCCCGAGCGCCGACUCCGCCCCCGGAGAUCCCGCCCCGCGGCCGCGCCUUUCCGGGACGCAGCCCCGGACGGCCGGGAUCCGGAGUCAGGCUCCGCGCGGCCGGAGGAUGAGCCGCAUCUACCUCGACGGCGCCCUGCGCACCCGGGCCGUGAGGAGCGCGCGGCUGCCCGGCCGCUGGGACCCCGCCGCGCACCAGGGGAACGCUACUAUGUGCUGUAUAUCCAGCCUAGUCUCAUACAUCGCCGUAAAUUCGACCCCAAAGGAAAUGAAAUUGAGCCGAAUUUCAGCGCCACCAGGAAGGUGAAUACCGGCUUCCUCAUGUCAUCCUACAAGGUGGAGGCGAAGGGGGACACAGACAGACUCACCCCCGAGGCCCUGAAAGGGCUGGUGAAUAAGCCGGAGCUGCUUGCACUGACAGAGGGCCUCACCCCAGAGCACACGGUGGCCUUCUGGAUGCCUGAGUCUGAGAUGGAGGCGCUGGAGCUGGAGCUGGGGACUGGGGUCAGGCUGAAAACUCGAGGCGACGGCCCCUUUGUGGAUUCACUAGCCAAACUGGGAGCUGGCACAGUGACCAAAUGUAAUUUUGCUGGAGAUGGAAAGACAGGGGCAUCCUGGACAGACAACAUCAUGGCUCAGAAGUCUUCCAAGGCGACUGCAGCAGAGACCCGAGAACAGGGAGACGGGGCAGAGGAUGAGGAGUGGGAUGACUGAACCGGUGGUGAUGGCACCUCCAGGACCACCAGUGCUCUGUGUUUUUCCCGUCUGCUUCCACAUCGGAGAGGACAGCCUGCCAGGCCCUGCCUGCUUUUCCUACCCUGGGAGUACUCUGAACAGGCUCUGCUAAAGUCAAAUCCUAGGCUCAGUGCUGGGACUCAGGGGCCCUCCCCACUGGCUCCGGUCUGUAGCCAUGGUCACCACAGCCCCUACCCUUAGGGCAGCCUGAUUUCUGGAGGUGGGCAGAAGUUGAGUGUCCAGGGAGUCCCAGGACAGCUGGACUUUGUGUGGGCAUAGCACUGGGGGCAGCCUUCAUCUCUGCAGAGGCGCCCAGAGGAGGAGUUAGUCACGGCUCCUGUGCUGGCCAUGUUUCCUGCUUUCGCUUCCCUGUACUCAGUGUCCUACCGGCAUCUGUCCCCUGAUGUCCAUUACAGCAACUUUCCUGGUGGCUGUUCCCAGCGCAGCCAGUGGGGUCUGUAGGUGUGGUUGGUUGACUCAGCUGCUCAGACUCCCCCUGCCAGGCUCCAUUUCUGACAACUCUUUUGUUACUGUCUUAUACCUUGGAAAUGUUUUAUGAAUAAACCUUCAGGAAAGGCA